AUGGGCCUCUCCUGCUCCAAAGCCGGCGCAGACACCAGCUCCUGGGAUCCCAACGCACGUAUAUCACCGACGAACUCGACAUCAGGCACCCUCCAAUACACGACCGAAAAACGUGUUCCCGAGCCCCACCCAAAGAUCGGGAUCUCGCACGCAGCCACAAUACGGCCGGUGGACGACUUCGCACUGAUCCAGCAAUACAACCAGCUAUACAUGAAAGUGCGGACAUGGUCGUCGGAGUUCCUCAGCGGCGGCAGCGGGGGCGCAAAGCAGAAAUCGCAGAUCCCCGCCGAAGUGCGCACGCAGGUGCAGCGCGUCGUGCUGCAGGGCGAUGUUGCGCGCGUCCUCGCCGAUAAAACACUGCAUCGACAUGUCAUCGAGGGCCUCGUCGGGCUCGCUGUGUCGGAGCUGUUGACGCCCUCGAAACUCCCGCCUCCCUCCGACCCCGCGUUGCUCCGCAAGGCGGCCUCAGACCUCUGCAGCACCGUCCUUCAAUUCGCCAGCAGCAAGCGCAGCAGCAAGCAGCUGAAGUCGGACCUGCUCGGGAUCCUGCAGCUAGCGGCGAGCCUCGACGCCGCAUUCCGGACGCAGGCCGCGGGGUUCCUCGUCGUUUACGCGCGCGUGGUCAAUAGGGAUACGCCUGUUAACUUUUCGGGGAUGAUGGAGGAUAAGACGAAUGGGCGUGAUACGGCGACGGCGGGACAGAGGAGUGUCGGCAUGAUGAUUUUUCCCGGGCUGUUUAAGACUUCGAAGGGAGCGAGGUCGUGUUUGGUUAAGAUCAGGGUCGUGUGUAAGGAUGAGAUGGAGAGGUAUGUGGGUAGGAUCUAG